AUGGUUAGUGAAGAAAUUUCUAUCAAUCAUGUCUUACAAGCUGCUGAACGUAUUCAAGUUCAUCGUACACCUAUAGCCACUAGUACAGCUAUGAAUGAACUUGUUUCAAAAAAUGGUGGUAUUAUGUCUUCUGUAGAGUUAUUUUUUAAAUGUGAAUUAUUUCAAAAGACAGGAUCUUUUAAAUAUCGCGGAGCUAGUAAUGCAAUUGCGUUAUUAACAGAUGAAGAAGCUGCUAAUGGGGUAGUUUGUCAUUCAAGUGGUAAUCAUGCACAAGCACUUGCUCUUGCAGCAAAGAAUCGUGGUAUUCCAGCUUAUAUUGUUAUGCCAAAAAAUUCACCUAAAGUGAAAAAAGAAGCUGUUUAUGAAUAUGGUGCUCAAAUAAUUGAAUGUGAGCCUUUUCAAUCAGAACGUGAAAGUAUGGCAGAAAAGGUUCGAGUUGAAAAGCAAGCUUCUUUUAUUCAUCCGUUUAAUAAUCCUAAUGUCAUUGCUGGACAAGGAACGAUUGUAAUUGAAUUGUUUUCUCAAGUAAGUGACUUGGAUGCUAUUCUUGUUCCUGUAGGGGGAGGAGGGAUGCUUACAGGCUGUUCCAUUGCAGCCAAGGCACUCAAUCCUAAAAUCAAAGUCUUUGCAGCUGAACCUAGCCAAGUAGAUGAUUGUUACCGAACCUUUAAAGGAAAGAAGAGGAUGACGAAUAGUGUUAAGACAGAGUCAGUAGCGGAUGGAUUGUUAACGAAUUUAGGUGACAUUGCUUAUCAUGAAGUAUUGAAACAUGUUGAUGAUGUCUUUACAGUAUCAGAAAAGGAGAUUAUUCAAGCAAUGGAAUUGAUUUGGGAACGUAUGAAACUUUGUAUUGAACCCAGUGCUGCUGUAGGUUGUGCUGUUGCUCUUUAUAAUCAAGAUUUCCAUGAAAAGAUCAAGCAAGAAGGGAUUAAACGAAUUGGUAUUAUUCUUUGUGGUGGCAAUGUAGAUAUUAUAAAAGCUACAGAAUUAUUUCAAAAAUACAAAUAA